AUGGCGGAGGCGCACGCGGAGGCCAUGGAUGGGAGCACCUGGGAGGACAUGAUGCGGAGGAUCCUUCCCCCGGGCACUCCCAUCCCCGAGGCGCCGCCCAACCUCGACUACUCCAUCGCCCUCGAGUACGACGGCCCGCCGGUGCCCUACGACCUCCCCAGGGUAGACCCCGUGGAGAUCCCUGCAAUCCCCACGGCGGAGCCAGUGUCCGGUUCCCAGGUGCUCGGAGGCAUCCCUGUGGCGCCUGUUGUUGAGCCCAUCCGCCUCCCAGUCUCCAGGAUCGCCCGCUGCGCAGAUCCAGUGGCCGCGCAGGCUGGUGGCAGCUCAGAGUCAGUCCUGCACAACCAGGAGUUCAGUGACGAUGAUGACGAAGGCGAUGAUUCCCGCUCACAGUCACACGGCUCAGCACAGAGCUCACCUGGACCACAGAAUAGGCCUGAAAGGCAGGAGGGCAGGAGAGCUCCAGUCGUCACCUUCGGCUUCACACCUGACAGCAAGUAUGAGAGCAAGGAGUUUGAGGAGAUGUCCGAGCAGUACGUGGUCGUCACAAAGAAGGAGAAGAAGAGGAGGGCAUGCUAUCGCUGUGGGAAGAGGAAAUGGGAGAGCAAAGAGUCGUGCCUUGUUUGUGAUGCAAGGUACUGCAGCUAUUGUGUCCUUAGGAUGAUGGGGUCAAUGCCAGAAGGGCGCAAGUGCAUCACCUGCAUCGGCCAGCCAAUCGAUGAGUCCAAAAGGUCAAAGCUAGGGAAGAACUCGAGGACGCUUUCGCGGUUGCUCAGCCCGUUGGAAGUAAGGCAAAUCUUGAAAGCUGAGAAGGAGUGCCAAGCGAAUCAGCUUCGCCCAGAGCAGCUUAUUGUCAAUGGUUGCCCGUUGAGGCCAGAGGAGUUAACCGACCUGCUAAGUUGUUCACGGCCUCCUCAGAAGCUAAAGCCCGGAAAGUAUUGGUAUGACAAGGAGUCAGGCUUAUGGGGAAAGGUUGCAAAUGUUCAGUGUCCCCGUGACACUCAUUUUUGGGUUUAUGAUGAUGGUCGUUACGAGGAAGAAGGACAAAACAACAUAAAAGGAAAAAUAUGGGAAUCAGCUCUGACACGUUUUGCAUGCGCAUUAUUUUCACUGCCGGUGCCUCCGGGGAAUUCAAAUGGAACCAGAGAUGAAAUUCCAUGUACAGCAAGAACUGUCCCUGAUUAUUUGGACCAAAAAAGAAUACAAAAGCUUCUUCUCCUUGGACCACCUGGUGCUGGUACGAGCACUAUUUUUAAGCAGGCUAAAUACUUGUAUGGGACUAGGUUCACCCAAGAAGAGCUUGAGGGUAUCAAACUGAUGAUCCAAAGCAAUAUGUUCAAGUAUCUUGGGAUUUUGCUAGAGGGCCGUGAGCGUUUUGAGGAAGAGGCUUUGUCUAGAUUGAAUUACACGAUUUCUCAGGGUGAAGAAACUCAUCAUGAUGAAAAUAAAGACAAUGGAUCAAAUUCUUGUAUAUACUCCAUAAAUGCGAGGCUAAAGAAAUUUUCAGAUUGGCUUUUGGAUAUCAUAGCAAUGGGCGACCUAGAUGCAUUCUUCCCUGCUGCAACGCGUGAAUAUGCUCCGUUUGUUGAUGAGAUGUGGAAGGACCCCGCAAUACAAGCAACAUUUAAAAGAAAGGAAGAAUUGCAUUUACUCCCAGAUGUAGCUGAGCACUUCUUGAGCAGGGCCAUUGAGGUGUCAAGCAAUGAGUAUGAACCUUCAGAGAAAGAUGUAAUCUUUGCUGAAGGAGUAACACAAGGAAAUGGACUAGCCUUCAUCGAGUUCACACUUGAUGAUCGCAGCCCAAUGUCUGAACCUUAUAUCGACAACCCUGAGGCACAUUCCCAGCCUCUCACCAAAUAUCAGCUGAUCAGAGUUAGUGCAAAAGGCAUGAAUGAUGGCUGCAAAUGGGUGGAAAUGUUUGAAGAUGUCCGCAUGGUAAUAUUCUGUGUAGCACUCAGUGACUAUGACCAAUUGGGACCCCCUGUAAGUGGCAGCAGUCUUCCUCUUGUGAACAAAAUGAUGCAAAGCAAAGAGUUAUUUGAGGCUACGAUCCGGCAACCAUGCUUCUGCGAUACUCCAUUUGUUCUGGUUCUGAACAAGUAUGACCUUUUCGAGGAGAAGAUCAACCGCACGCCCAUCUCUAGCUGUGAGUGGUUCAACGACUUCUGCCCGGUGCGGACGAACCACAACCACCAGUCGCUGGCUCAUCAGGCAUACUACUACAUCGCCAUGAAGUUCAAGGACUUGUACUUUGCACAGACGAACCGGAAGCUUUUUGUGUGGCAGGCUCGUGCCCGUGAGCGCCAGACUGUGGACGAAGCAUUCAAGUACAUAAGGGAGGUUCUCAAGUGGGAGGAGGAGAAAGACGAGAACUACUACCAGGAGGAAUCGUUCUACAGCACAACUGAGAUGAGCUCCUCCCCGUUCAUCAGAGCGGAAUGA